GGGGAUUAGAACUGUACUGGGAAGGGUUUGUAAUGGAUAGGACAAGGGGCUAAUGGGCCUGCCAAGGGGAGGGGGCGGGAGGACGCGCCGAUGUUUGGACCCCUGCCAAGCACCAUGUCUUGGCGCCCACAACGCUAUAUAACCCCAUGCGCCUCCUCCCAUUCCUUCCCCCAGCAAAUAAUCUCCCAAGAUGACCCUCUCCACCCUCCUCCCCCUCCUCCUCGCCCUCCCCUCCGCCCUCGCCCAGGUCACAGCCUCCUACCCCAACGGCCCCACCAACCCCGACGCCCCCGCGUUCUACCCCGUGGGCUCGUACGUCAACCAAACCUCGUUGAGUCGCUUGAUCUCGCUCAAUAGCGUGGACGAUUUCUGUCUGUGGGGGCCGCCGGAGAAGGGGAGCGGGGUGGAGACGGAGAUUGGGACGGUGGAGCCGGUUGUGGUGGCGUAUUGUACAAAGCCGAGGAAUGGGGCGAGGUUGAUCCCGGAUGGGGCUAUCACUGGUGCUCAUUUUAUCAAGACGGACACCUACGUCCAAGUAUGGGGCUUCUGGGACGGUACGAAAGUCAACAUCAACGAAGGCGACGACGGCGGGGAGCUCGACCCCCACGGCGCCGAAAACCUCGGGAACCCCAUCGGCGGGAAUGCGACGUCCAACGUGGAGGGGAAGGAUGUGUUUUAUGAAGAGUGGAUGUCUUUUAUUUCGUAUGACCAGUUCUGUUUGAGGGUGUGCACGGCCGAGAAGGACAAUGUCACGGCGGCGCUGCAGUGCGAGCAUGAACUGGAUAUCAUGGGAUGUCGAUUCGUCAUGGCCAUCGACAACUUUUACGCAACAAACAACUCGUUCUCGUCGUGCGAAGGCGAGCCCGCCGCCCCUCCCGGCCUCUACCCCCUCUCCAACGGCUCCACCUCCACUUUCCGUCAACGCUACACCGGUACCUGGUCGAACGCUGAUGAAACGGGAAUGUUCACUGUGGGGCAGACCGUUACGCCCAGUAGUGUUGCUUUCUAUCCCAAAACAUCCAACUGCAUAACCUACUCCACCAUCUCGAACGGUAUCGACACGGCCAACUAUGCAGUCACCGCCACGCCCUCGCUGCUCGUCUCUGGUAGCACCGUCGCGGCUUCGUCUGUCGGCACCACUUCGCAAGAGGCGCCCAGUGGGAUUUCGACUUCGAGUCCGACUAGCACCACCGCGGCGUCGGGCUCUUCUGCGGCGAGCGGGGCGGAAGCUACUGGUUCGGGUUCUGGGAGUGGAGGGGAUGAGGAGGCAGCUGCUUCUGCUUCCGGCUCUGGCUCUUCUGGCUCUUCGGCCAGCGCUGCUGGGAGGGGCGUUGGCGUGGAGGGGGUGGUCCUGGCUGGGGUGGUGGGGCUUGUCGGCGCCGUUGUUGGUGCUGCCACUUUGCUCUGAACCUAAACUCCCGGCCUCGAGGCUCUGGUCUCUAGCCUCUGUUUCGAGCUUCCUGUUCGUCUGAAUGAUUUCAUACUCUGUAGGACGCAUAGCAUGCUUUUUGUUUACCACUCUUCCUUCUUCUUUCUCCGUUCUUCCGUUUUCCGACAUUCCGAGACAUAGUAUGCCCGACCCAUCUAUUCAAUCUGAAUCCACCUUCAACCUUCUUUUUCUAUACCGCGGACUAUACAAAAAACCCCCCUCAUGAUAUUCUUGAACUCUUUCCAGCGCCUCGCCUUGUUGGAUAUGAGUACUCUUUUUUUGAAUCUAUGGACGGCAUCUGCAGACAUGUAUCUAUUGACCGGUGA